CCCAACGUUGACGCUGCCAAAUGCAGUCGACAAACAACAGCAACGAGAAAAUAUAAAAUCAAUAGUGCAGAGUUAAUAACUUCGCUUUAUUUUUUAAUUCAUCAUCAAAAGUGUGACUGCAUUUAAUACAAUAACACCACAACAAACAUGAAGUGGGAGAACUAUUGUGAUUUUGUCGCCGGCUGCGUUGGUGGUGCCACGGGGGUUCUCGUUGCACAUCCACUGGACACUAUCAAGACCUGGCAGCAAGCAUCCAAUACAUCUGUGAUGACGGCCGUCAAGCAAAUCUACAGCCGCAACAAUGGGAUCAACGGUUUCUACAGGGGCAUGCUCUUCCCCAUGAUGUCGACGGGUGCCAUCAACUCCAUACUCUUCGGCAUCUACGGCAACCAUUUGCGGCAACUGCGCCGAGUUUGCCACAGCGACUACCAGCGGGAACAGCUCGAGUACCACAACAUGUUCAUGGCCGGAUCUUUGGCAGGAUUUGCGCAAUCAUUCAUAGCAUGCCCCAUGGAGCUGAUCAAAGUGCGACUCCAAACGCACUGCUACUAUAACGACUAUAUAUAUGGAAAGAAACGCACAGCUUUUGGCACUUGUAAGCGGAUACUGAAAAAUGAUGGCAUCACGGGAUUAUAUCGAGGCUUAGUUCCCAUGAUGUGUCGCGAUGUGUUGCCCUAUGGCAUCUAUAUGCUCGUCUAUCGCCAAGCUGCCAACUAUCUGGAUAAUACGGAUUUUGUGAAGCAGCGCAGGAGUCAGGGAAAUGCGACCAGUACAAAUUUAUUUGUGACCACGUUUGCAGGCGCAUGGGCGGGCGUCUUAUCCUGGGUCUGCGUUAUACCAUUCGAUGUGGUCAAGACGAUCAUGCAAGCGGAUGAGAAUCACAAGUUUCGUGGCAUAAUGCAUUGUGUACUUGUCAACUAUCGAGCAUAUGGCUGGCGUAGUAUUUUUCGUGGCAGCUGGAUGCUGGUAGCGCGUGCAAUACCCUUCAAUGGUGCCGCCUUUUUGGGCUAUGAGUAUUCGCUGGAGUUGUGUCACAACUACUAAAAUACCAAUAAACAAAGCAAGGUUUUAUUUUAA